CAAGCGCCUCGGUUUUGGCGAUGUUUGGGGCAGCGACACCUGCGCGAUGGCCUCCAGCAGCUCGCCACCGCCCAUCCCGCUCUUCAAGGUGUUUGUCGCGCCUCCAGAGGAGCUCGACGACGAGCUCUUGCGCGUCGUGCACUCGGGAUACGUCACGCAGGGUCCAAAGGUCGAGGCGUUUGAGGAGGCGCUGCGAGCCUUCCUGCAGAGCCCUCGUGUGGUGACGGUCAACUCCGGCACGUCUGCGCUGCACCUCGCGCUGCACCUGCUGAAGCGCGCCGAGGGCGGCUGGCCCGGCCUUCAAGAGAGCGUCGACGAGGUGCUCACCUGCCCGCUCACGUGCACUGCGACCAACUGGCCGAUCCUCGCCAACGGGCUGCGGAUCAAGUGGGUCGACGCGGACCCGGCGACGGCGAACGUCUGCCUCGACGACCUCGAGGCCAAGCUCUCGCCCACCACCAAGGUGAUCAUGGUGGUGCACUGGGGCGGGUCACCCGUCGACUUGGGACGGCUCGCCGCGAUCCAGGAGCGGUGUUUCUCGCGGUUCGGCUUCCGGCCGGCGGUGAUCGAGGACUGCGCGCACGCGUUUGGCGCCGAGUGGGGCGGCAGGAAGCUCGGCUCGCACGGCAACUUUUGCUGCUUCUCGCUCCAGGCCAUCAAGCACGUGACUGCGGUCGACGGCGGAGUGCUGAUUGCGCCGACGCAGCGCCUCUUUGAGCGCGCGCGGCUGGUGCGCUGGUUCGGCAUCGACCGCGAGAGGAGGUCUGGCGGCGGAGACUUUCGGAUGGAGCCGCCGGUGGAGGAGUUCGGCUUCAAGUUCCACAUGAACGACGUCAACGCGACGGUGGGGGAGGCCAACCUGCGCCACGCGCCGCGCCUGCUCGCAGCCUGCCGCGCCAACGCCGAGUUCUACCAGCGCUCGCUCGCCGGGCUGCCGCACGUGACGCUGCUGCGCGACCUGCCCGUCGGCGCGGUGUCGGCCUACUGGCUCUUCACGCUGCGCGCCGGCAUCGCCUCCUCCGCCGUCCACCAGCGCAACGACCUCCACCCGUGCGUCGCCUCUGUCGCGACGCGGCUGCCGCAGCUCAACAGCCUCGCCGAGGAGAUCCUCUGCCUCCCCGUCGGCUGGUGGGUCGGGCCUGCGGAGCGGGAGCGCGUCGUCUGCGCGGUGCGGAGCUGGGCGGAGGCGCCGCCGCAGCGAGCCCUCGCGGCGGUUCCGGGGGCGCGCGCCGGGCUUGGCGCGCGCAAGCGGGAGAGGGGUGAGUGCGGUAGGCACCACACGGUCGAGCACUUCGUCCGCAACACCGACUUCGAGGUCGUCGUCCUCGACAAGCUCUCGUACGCCUCCAAGGGCUACGACCGGCUGCGCGACUCUGGCGUCUUCCACCUGAUCCAGACGUACUGCGUCGACCUCGCCUCCGCCCUCCCGCCAGGGCUCGUGCUUGUGUACGAGCUGGAGCCGGACCGCGUGGCGGUGAUCCUGCACAUCGCCGCGGAGACGCACGUCGACAACUCGAUCGACUCGCCCGUCCCCUUCGUCGAGAACAACAUCAAGUCCACGCUCACCAUGCUCGAGUUUGCGCGCACGCUGCCGCAGCUGACCCACUUCGUCUACUUCUCCACGGACGAGGAGGGGGACGCGCACAAGCCGUCCAACCCGUACUCGGCCUCCAAGUCGGCGGCCGAGAUGAUCUGCCAGUCGUACUUCAACACGUACCGCGUGCCGCUCGUGACGAUGAACAAGCUGACCAUCCACGCCUACGACGGCUCGCUCCGCGCGGGCUCCCGCUUCUACAUCCACGCGCGCAACAUCGCCGCGGCGGUCCUCUUUGUGCUGCACAAGGCCGAGCUCGGCGAAAAGUACAACGUCAAGGGGGAGGCGGAGCUCGACAACCUCGAGGUGGCCCGCUUCAUCGCGGCGGAGCUGGGCCGCGAGCUGGUCUACGAGAUGCACGACCGGCCAGACACGCGACCCGGCCACGACCUGCGCUACUCGCUCGACGGGACCAAGCUCGAGGAGCUCGGGUGGAAGCUGCCCUUCACCUUUGAGGAGUCGCUGCGCAAGACGAUCCGGUGGACGAUCGAGAACCCUCGCUGGCUGGACGGCGACGGGCUCUUCGCCGCGCCCUCGUCCAAGCUGUGAGGCGGCAGAGACUGGCGGACGAGAAAGCGGCAGUGGCGAGAGGAGGGGGCACAGUAGGGGGUACAGGGAUGUGCCACCUGCCAGCGCUCAGAUGUGUGUGGCCAAGCAUGUGUUUGUGUUACCGCGCAGCGCGCUGUGUGUGUUUGCGUGUGUGAAUGUGAAGCGAGGGCAGGCUUAUUUACGGCUACACAUUUAUGUAUCUAUGUGGUAGUGGUAAAGU